AGCGUCGGAGGGUGGCGGUAGAGUUCAUAAUUGUUUGUAGUCGACACGCAAGAAGAAGAGCUGUUCCUCCCACAGAAGAUUUGAACGUUGACGCGGGAUACAGAUUCUUUACCCUACAUCGAAAGCAUUAUCUGGAUCUUAUACUGAAAUAAUGAGCCACUGUGAACUUGAGGAGCUAACGGAGCACAUCAAUGGACGUCUCACAAAAGUUAAAAACCUCAUGCACUUACGAGCCAUUGGAAAUGACCCAGAGAAACAGAAGACAUUUUGUAAAAUCGCAGCAGAGGUCAGUGGGAUGACCAAGCUCUUGGACCAGUUUGAGAAGUGUGUUGCUGAGGAGAGAGAAUCGCUGAAGCAGUUGGAGGAACUGAAUGAGCUGAUUGAAGAGGAUCUGCAGAAUGCAAUCCACAUGGCAGAGAACAUCCCCAGCCACAUGCCAAUUUACGUGCCAACUGUGAAAGAAGAAGCGUUGCCAGUUCAAAAGGAAAACGAGCAACCGCAAAAGGCUGCAUCCAAGAAGUCUCGAAAACCGAUUAAGGAGAUGGAGUUCAUAACUGUACUUGAGUUUGACAGUAUACCACCGUACAUGAAAGGUCGUGUGACGUAUGACCAGCUGAACGCCACAGUGCGGAACAUGAACAAGACAGUGAUGGAGAAAUACAAGAUCCUCCAGCAGCCUCCGAGGACGCUGAACAACGUGUCACGCAAGCUCUACGAGCGUUUCAAGCAGAACGAGAAUGGCGAGACGAAAGCGCAUUUCUUCGUUGUGGAUGCAGACCUGCAUGAGUUUGCCCAGGUGACCGUGAACAAGCGCUUCCUGAAUCUGCUGAACAUGCUGCGCCACUGCCAGCGCCUGAAGGAGGUCAGAGGGGCAGGGCUGACCCGCUACCAGCUGCUCUGAGUCCACCCCAAGACAGUGGCCUCAACCUUCAUCAGGCUCUGUGCAUCUAUACUAUACCGACCUCCAAACAGCCUCCACCCUUCUCAGCAAACCACACUAACCACCAAUCAGCAUCCACUAGCCUUUAACCCUCUUAUCAAAUCACAUGGACCACCAGUCUCUAGCUCUCAUGAAACCUUAUCAACCUCCGGCUAAAUUGGUCGGUUUCCAGAACCUUUUUUUUUUUUGGUCAAAGAUUCGUAGAGGCAUAUGGGAUGGAGGUAACAGAUACAAUUCAGUUCAGUUCCCUAUGGUAGGCACCUUGUUCUUGUUUGUGAUCUUCUGGUGUGAAACCUCAUUCACGUGUCUUGAGGGCCUUUGCUGCUGAAGGAUCUGCAGGACACCCUCAGGCCAGAUGAAGGACUGGCUGCUGAUCAACAACUGUCACAACAUGAUAAGGGGAUUUAAUGCCACUCCCCCUGUUUGUGCUAGUCAAGGUCUACUGAAGUGUUCCAUUUCAACCUUUAAAAAUGUUUUUGUAAAUAAUAAUUAAUAAAUAUGCUGUUGAUGUUUUCACUGAU